AUGGUUACAUCUUGGAUCCUAAAUUCUUUGAAUAGAGAAAUUGCUGAUAGUGUAGCAUACGUGGACAGUGCUUUAGAAUUGUGGACUGAUUUGGAGGAUCGUUAUGAUCAAACCAAUGGUGCCAAGUUGUAUCAAAUUCAGAAAGAGAUCAAUGAUCUCAUUCAGGGAGUUUUGGAUGUAACAGCUUAUUACACCAAGAUGAAGAAACUUUGGGAAGAAUUAAGUAGCUUAUGUAUCAAGAACCAUUGCAGUUGUGCAUGUAAUUGUGGAGCAAAGGAUGUCAUGCACAAGGUUGAACAGGAUAGACGAUUGAUUCAAUUUCUUAUGGGUCUUAAUGAGAUUUACACAAUAAUCAGAGGUAACAUUUUGAUGAUGAAUCCACUACCAUCUGUGGCACAAGCUUUUGCCUUAUUGAUACAGGAAGAAAAACAGAGAGAGUUUAAAUCAAACAGCCAAUUGUUUUCUGAAUCCAGUUCUCUUGCUGCUAGCUCUUCAGGAUGCUCUUUAGCUGCUAAUGUUUCAGGUACUUCAAAAGGUCAGAAUUUCCAAACAAAUUACUCAUCUGCUUCUCCAAAUCGUAGAGGAAGACCAUUCUGUGACCACUGCAAGAGACCAGGCCAUAUUAAGGAGAAAUGUUAUCAGUUACAUGGAUAUCCACAGAAUAACAAUCGAUCUCAGAAAUCUCAGUCUCAUGGACAGCAAGGUUAUAAUCAAUUCCAAAGACAACAACAAUAUGAGAAUUAUAGUCCCAAUCAGGCAUACAGAAACAAUAACAAAGGGAAAGGUGUGGCAGCUAAUUCUGUGGGGCUGUCAUGUGACUCUACUAUGGAACAAGGAUGUGGCUCUGGGGGUCAAAUCACCAAUUAG